CAGAACUAGUAUUUGCUACAACCAGAGACUGAAAUGGUAUGACUGGAGCUUUAAAUAAUUUGGCUUUGACAGCUCCAUCAUUUUUGGAGAACUCGGAGCAGAAUUUGGGCUCUGCUUCUGCAGUAUCCUAGGUGAUAAUGCCAUCCUUGCCUAAUGAGGGAGAUAACCUUGGAACUGCUCCUCUGACUUUGAGUUCGGAACUACCCUAUCAAAGCACAAUUAAAAGAAAAGUCAGAAAGAAGAAGAAUGGAGUCAUCACUGCAAAUGUCGCUGGCACAAAAUAUGAAAUUGUACGUGUAGUAAUACGAGAAAUGGGAUUUGUGAAAACACGUGAUGAAGAUGAAACGGCUAAUCUUAUAUGGAGUGAUUCUGCUGUGCAACAAGAAAAGAUUGCCGAACUUCGGAACUAUCAGAGAAUCAACCAUUUUCCAGGAAUGGGAGAGAUCUGCAGAAAGGAUUUUCUGGCACGAAACAUGACUAAAAUGAUCAAGAGUCAGCCUCAGGAGUAUAGUUUUAUUCCUCGAACAUGGAUCUUCCCUGCAGAAUACACACAGUUUCAGAACUAUGUAAAAGAACUGAAGAAGAAACGUAGACAGAAAACUUUCAUAGUCAAACCAGCUAAUGGUGCAAUGGGACAUGGGAUCUCUUUAAUAAGAAAUGGAGAAAAGUUACAAGCUCAGGAUCACUUGAUUGUUCAGGAAUAUCUUGACAAACCAUUUCUUAUGGAAGGCUACAAGUUUGAUUUACGUGUGUAUAUUCUUGUAACCUCCUGUGAUCCAUUAAAAGUAUUUUUGUAUCAUGAUGGACUGGUGAGAAUGGGCACAGAAAAGUAUCAUCCCCCCAGUGACUCAAAUUUGAGUCAAUUGUAUAUGCAUCUGACUAACUACUCUGUCAAUAAACAUAAUGAACACUUUGAACGGGAUGAAACAGAAGACAAAGGAAGCAAACGUUCCAUAAAAUGGUUUACUGAGUUUCUAGAAACAAAUAAUCUUGAUGUCUCAAAAUUCUGGAGUGAUAUUUCAGAGUUAGUAGUGAAGACUCUCAUAGUUGCAGAGCCCCAUGUUCUUCAUGCUUAUCGCAUGUGCAGGCCAGGGCAAGCACCGGGAAGUGACAGUGUCUGCUUUGAAGUCCUGGGAUUUGAUAUUCUGCUGGACAGAAAACUAAAACCAUGGCUCCUAGAGAUUAAUCGUGCCCCAAGCUUUGGAACUGAUCAAAAAAUAGACUAUGAUGUAAAAAAAGGCGUUCUGUUAAAUGCAUUAAAGCUUCUAAACAUACGGACAAGUGAUAAAAGGAGGAAUUUAGCUCAACAGAAGGCUGAGGCUCAAAAAAGACUCUACGGUCAAGGUUCAAUGAAAAAACUGUUGCCAGGUUCCUCAGACUGGGAGAAGAAGCGCCACACACUGGAACGGAGAAAAGAAGAACUGAAGGAAAGACUUGCACAAGUACGUAAACAGAUUUCCAAAGAGGAGCAUGAAAAUAGACACAUGGGGAACUACAGGCGAAUUUACCCUCCUGAUGAUAAGACAUUACUUGAAAAGUAUGAGAGCUUGUUAGCCACUGCUUUUCAGACUUUACUUGCUGGGAGAGCAGCUUCACUUCAGCGGGAAAUGAAUAACCCUUUAAAAAGAAUGAAGGAGGAGGACAUUUUGGAUCUUCUGGAGCAGUGUGAAAUAGAUGAUGAAAAACUAAUGGGAAAAUGCACCAGGCAACGAGGACCUAAGCCCUUGUGUUCAAUGCCAGAAAGUGCACAGCCCUCAAGAAAACUUAAGAACUACAGUAGUGACAGUAGCUGUGAUAGCGGUAGCAGUAUGUCAGAAUCGGGAGAAGAAACUGACAAGGAAGAUCACAAUGAAAAAAAAGAGAAAAAAGUUUCAUAUGAUCUUGAAGAAAAUAAAUGCAAAUCUUUGGAACGAUCAGGUCCAAUAAGGCGUUCUGUAAGCUGCCCUCGUUCAAUAUCAAUAUUGACUAUGCAGUCACAGGCUGCUGAGCAUCGUCCCUUUUCAGCCAAAGCAUCUGUGCAAAUCCAGCGUGCAUCCUCAGUGAAUAGGUCUCAUUCUUUAAAUCGCAGCCCAUCUUCGGCUAGAGUCUCUCAGACACCCAGCUUGGGAACUAUGAACUCUUUGGGGAGCGAGUCUUUGCUGCAACAGAAAACAAAAGAGCAAGAAGUUGCUUUGACAAAAGAGACUCUUCUCAUUAUCAAUGACAUGAGAAUGAAGUUCCCAGGAAAAACAGAUGAAGAAUCAGAACUAAUUAUAGAAGAUAUUAUGGAUAAUUGGAAGUAUCAUAAAACAAAAGUGGCAUCCUAUUGGUUGGUAAAACUGGAUUCUGUAAAGCAACGAAAAGUUUUGGAUAUAGUCAAGACAAGUGUUCGUGCAGUUCUACAGCGUGUCUGGAAGGCUCCAGACAUUGAAAAUUUACAUCUAUACCGUCUCUUUAACCGUGUAUUUAAUCGCUUGCUCUGGAGCCAUGGUCAAGGUCUAUGGAACUGUUUCUGUAAUUCAGGGAGCUCUUGGGAAACCAUAUUCAGUAAAAGCACAGAGGCGGUGACUCCUGAGCAACUCCAGUGUUGCCAACGAGUAGUACAGCUUUGUAAACACUGCCUGCUGGUGGUUUACAAAUAUUCAUCAGAUUCAAGAGGAUCCCCAACUGGGAUUAGCUCCCACUGGGAUGAUACAAGGUAUUUAUUGCCAGGACCUUCACUGUUCAUCAUGAAAUCAUCCUCACCCAACCUUAGCUGCAGUUCAUCUGGAAUGCCUCGCCCUAACAUUUUGUUCACACACAGAUACAGUCACUUGUGAAGCAAAAGGAAAGUUGCUGUUCAUUGUAAAUAAUGGCACUCCAUUUUUUUCAAAUUAAAAUUUGUGAUGGAGCUAUAUAUAAGCACUGUCAUAUAUUUACCACCAUAUUAUGAUAAAAUUUAGCUGAAAACGUACUGUAAAAGCAUAGCUUUUCUGGAAACAUAAUAAAACUUGUUAAGUUGUUUACACACACAUGUGAAUGUGUAGCUCUUGCUAGAUUUAUAAGUAAUUCCUUCCUACUAGAAAUGUUAUUUUUGCUGCAGAAUAUGUAAAAUGGAAUUGAUCUUGAAGGUCCAAUUACAGUGUUACAUUAUUUUGUAAGUACAAUACUUUGACUUGAAUAUUAUUUGUUGUAAAGUAUACUAUUUAUUGUCUCAAAUGUAAUUGAUCCUUUAACAAGGCAGAUGAUUAAAAAACUGUAGUAGAACAGUAAAACUGUAACUGUCAU